UUCUCGCAUUUGUUUCGACUGCUUGGAAAAGGGGGCAGCUGUUUGUGUGUGUUGUGUUUGUUCUGUUGGUGUUGGUGACAGUCUCCUGAAAACAUUCGUUAUAAUGAAACUGGCAAACCUUUCGUAUUUGUGCGUGUUAUAGUUCACCAUAGCACUUAGUUUUUAUUCACUGCGGGUGAUGUCCCACCAUGUGGAAUUACGUGUCUGAGAAAACUAUCGGAGUGGCUAUCAGCCACUUAGACGGAGCUUCUAUACCUCAUGGAUUGACCUUGCAACUGGGCGAUCUAGUGGAAAUCACUCAGAUAUGCGAAGAUUGGUAUCUGGGCGUGAAUCUGCGCACACCUAGCGUGCAGGGAAUUUUCCCAUGCUCCUACGUUCAAGUGCGACCUACAUCUGAUCAGGAAAGGUGUUGGCAUUACGACGAUCCAGUAGUCGAAGAAGCCACUAACGUGUUGCGAGAAUGGGGCGUUAUCUGGAACCGAUCGUUCGUGAGACGUCAGAGAGAGCAAUGCACGAUGCUCCGAUCGGCCAUUCUGGACCUGAUGGACUGGCGUCGGCAGCUUAUGACCGGCACCUUCACGCUGGAUCAUCUCAGAGAUUUGCGGCUACGCAUCACAUCCCAUAUCGACUGGGGCAACAGGAAACUGGGACUGGACUUGGUGCCGCGAAUCGACGAACGCAUCGUCGGACCCGAUACCCUUGGAGUGUAUCAACUCUACAACGUCCAUGUGACGAGUGCCGAAAAGAACCGCAGUGCCACGUGGAAUUCCACUCUGCCGGCCAGAGGUGGCAAGAAUGCGGAAUCGCGUCCGGCCACUCAUCACUUGUACCUGUCGAUGCGUCACUUUGGCUGCUCGCUCGGCGAAGAUGCCGAGGUGUAUUUCGUUUUGUACGACAUGCAACACUCGCGCUACGUGAGCGAAAAGUUUCUAGUCAAAGUUUUCAAAGAGGGAUUCUCCAGCUACAUCGGCAAAGCCAACAACAGCGCCACGCUUUUCACGGAACUGGGCAGCGCCGAUUUGAAAAAGGAUUUAUAUCUGGUGGUGCAAGUGGUCCGUCUGGGACGGCUGCUCUACACCGAGUCGUCGAAGAAACCGCUCAAUCAGACGUACCGACGUCCUCACGCCGUCGCCGUCCUGUCCCUGGCCGAGUUGCUGGCCGACGCCAACGGCCUUGGCCCUGAAGACGAAGAGGAACGUGAAUACCCUCUGAAAUUGUAUCAAAGCGACGAGAAGGAUUACGGCCUAUGGCAACACGAAUUGAUAGCCAAGAAAUCGACUAGCAAAUUCAGCCUCUUAUCCGGACAAGUUUCUCAAGGUGUGGUCGUCUCGCUGCGGCUGUUGCGUGGGGAACUGGCCGCCUUGCGACACGAGUACAUUCACCUGUUGAAAAAUGUCCCAUUGACUCAGAAACUUGGCUUUCCCGACGUCAUCAUGCCUGGUGACGUCAGGAACGAUUUGUACUUUGUAAUCGAACGGGGCGAGUUCGAACGUGGAGGAAAGACGUCCAAAAACGUCGAGGUUACCGUUCAAGUUUUAGACGAGUUUGGCAGGCCCAUUCAGAACUGCUUGUACGGAGCGUCGAACGCGGAAGGAGUAACGCAACACCAAUCAGUGGUUCUCUACCACAUGAACGGACCGGUUUGGUACGAAAUGAUCAAAGUGUCAUUGCCCAUCGAAAAGUAUUACGGUGCCCAUUUACGCCUUGAAUAUCGGCAUUGCAGCACCAAAGAUAAAACGGAGAAAAGGCUAAUCGGCUUCUCGUUCAUCCCGCUGAUGGACCGCGAUGGAACCGUCUUACCGGACGGACAGCAUCAACUGUUGGUUUAUAAAGUGGAGGACUGUGCCCGCUUGAAAGAUCCGUCCGUCUCCUAUCUGCAGUUGCCCUACUCGACGAAGCAGGUCCAAUCGGCGGCCGUUCAGGCCACUGCGUCCAUCGCCUCAUCGUCUCCAUCCUGUGCGUCGUUUCAGCGCAACAGCCGUGAGUCAGUCACGGUGGCUUUCUACCUUUGUUCCACGAAACUCACUCAGAACGCCAAUUUGCUGUCGCUGCUCAAGUGGAAGUCUCAUCCGGAACGGAUUACCGACACGCUCAACCUGGUCAUGCGUUUGCGAGGGGAGGAGUUGGUUAAGUUCCUCCAAGACGUGCUGGAUUCGCUUUUCGUCAUGUUCUCCGAUUCUGAAGGAAACGCAACGCCCCAUUCCGGAUUGGUCUUUGAAGUUUUGGUGAAUAUUUUGAGUUUGCUGGACGAUAGUAAAUUCCAGCAUUUCAAGUCGGUCGUGGACGCCUACAUAACCGAUCAUUUUUCGGCUGCUUUGGCUUACAAGGGACUGCUGAGUUGUGUCCAGCAGUGUACAGAUCGUGUUCAUACGAGCAGUGAUUGCAAGCACGAACCUAUCCAACAGUGUUUCCGAGCUUUUGAAAUUCUCUUCAAACUGGUUAUCCAAUCACGGCGGCUCUACGCCAGGGCCAUCUUGGAAAACCACGAAGGAGACGAUUUCCGCCAAUUUCUCCAGUCCCUCUUUGCCACUUUCAAUAAAGUCGCUUCGCUCUACAACGAUGCGCUUGUCAACACCCAAGUCGUCUUGCUGCGCAAUAUUUACACGGUGGUGGAACAGCUGAGCCGAAUUCUGAGUCAAGCGGAGGCAGCCAAAUUAUUAUCUUCGCUGAUCGACAGCCUGCCGAAAGAACCGCAUCCGUUGAUAGCCACGGCCAGAAUGGAGCUCGUACUCACCACCGUCAGAGGGCCGCUGUUCACGGAAUCAUCGGCCGCUCGUGCCAUUUUGCUGCCCACCGUCUGCCGCCAGCUGCGGCUUCACUUAUCGCAGCCGUUGGUCACGUCGUUUUGCACGGAAACGCUGGGCCACAUGAUGAAUUUCUAUCGCAACAUGAGCAUGGCCGACGACACGACAGAGGACAACGUCUGGUACCGCGAUGUGGAAACGAUCGCGUUGGCCACGCUGGGCGUUCUCAUCCAAGCCGUGCAAUUAGCUCAGAAAACGGAUUCCAACGUGGGUCCACUGGUCGCGUGCUUGCUCAGCGUGUUAGAACUGCUUGAUCAGGGACAUUACGAUCGGCUGUGGUCUGAAUUAUCGGAGCGCAAGCCACUCAAGGAUUUUCUGUUGCAACUGUUCGCCGUGCUGCGGACGCUGGCCCGUCAGGGAGAGCACGUCUUCCCACUGGAGUGGUCCACCAUGCACUGUGUUGUCAACCGCGUCAUGUUGGCUGCCCUGGACCAUAUGACGCAACCGCUUGUAGCCUACUUUCUCGACUCUGGAUGGUUUGAUAGUCAGUUGUGGAGCAAUUAUUUCGACCUGGCCGUCUCGUUCUUGACGCAGCCCAACUUGCAGCUGGAGAAACGCACAGCUGGACAACGGUUGAAAAUGGUCCGAGCUCAGGGCGGUGAUAUGCGAGUUCAAAUGGGUUUCCAAAUCCUUACCAUGUGGAAUGCCAUCGGUGAUUACAAGAUCCAUUUUAUACCGUCGAUGGUGGGUCCCUUUCUGCAAGUUACCCUGGUACCCGAACCGACUUUACGUCGGGCUACGUUGCCCAUUUUCUUCGACAUGCUCGACUGCGAGCAUCGACACCGCGGCAAUUUCAAACAGGUGGAAUCGGAGUUGAUUGAUAAACUGGACGUCCUGGUGGGAGAGAAUAAGGGCGAUGAUAAUUAUAAGGAACUUUUCAAUACCAUGGAAAUGUUGAGCUCGAUACUGCUGGAAAAGGUGAAAUCGUGCGACGUGACGUGGCAGAAACACGGCAAGGCGUUCAUCGGUUCCAUUACGCGGCUUCUGGAACGACUGCUGGACUAUCGCAACGUCAUGGAAGGAGAAGAGAAUCGAGACAAGCGAAUGAGCUGCACCUUUAAUCUAUUGAAUUUCUACAAAGACGAAGUGGAUCGCCGUGACAUGUACUUACGUUACAUUUACAAACUGCACGACCUCCACUUAUCGGCGGACAACUACACGGAAGCGGCCCUCACGCUCCAGUUGCACGCCGGCCAAAUGGGCUGGUCCAGUCAAACGAUGCUGGCCGACGGUCAUCACUCAUCGCAAAUGGAAUGGCAACGCAAAGAGCAACUUUACAUGAAGAGCAUCGCGUACUUUGACCGUGGCAAGUGCUGGGAAAAGGGCAUUCCGUUGUGCAAAGAGCUGGCCGAUUUUUACGAGACGCGCCUAUACGACUAUGGCAAACUGUCUCAUGUACUGCGCAUGCAAGCUGCAUUCUACGACCAUAUCCUGACCCAGUUGCGGCCCGAACCCGAAUACUUUCGCGUUGGUUUCUAUGGCCAGGGUUUUCCGCUGUUCUUGCGCAAUCGGCUGUUCAUCUACCGCGGUUUGGAGUACGAGCGGAUCGGCGCGUUCACGCAGAGGCUCCAGACCGAGUUCCCCACUGCCCACAUUUUGACGAAGAACACGCCACCGGGUGACGCCAUCCUGACGUCGGAGGGCCAGCACAUCCAGAUCUGCAACGUGAAACCCGUGGCCGAGGAUCACCCCGUCUUCGACGCCGGACUCGUCGGCUUUCACGAGAAGAUACGCAGCUAUUACCGCGUCAACGACGUCCGUCGUUUUCAAUUGGACCGGCCCGUCCAUAAAGGACCGGUCGAUCGAGACAACGAGUUCAAGAGCCUUUGGAUUGAACGCACUUGGCUCGUUAGCGAGCAUCCGUUGCCGGGCAUUUUGCGGUGGUUCCAGGUGAUUGAACGUCAUGUCGAAGAGAUUGCCCCAGUUCAAUAUGCUUGCGAAACAGUCUUAUCGGUAAAUCGGGAACUGCAGCAGCUGGCCUCGCUGCAUGCUGCCGAGCCGCGCCGUAACAUCAACCCUUUCAGUAUGCGACUCCAGGGCGUUAUUGACGCCUGCGUCAUGGGUGGAAUAGCAAAAUAUCAAGAAGCUUUUUUCAAUUCGGAUUUCUUGGCCAGCCAUCCGACCCACCUGGAACACGUCCUGCAGUUGCGCCAGUGCAUCGUCGAACAGGUGCGCAUCCUCGAAGCGGGUCUCACUUUGCACGGCAAGCUGGCACCGCCGGAAGUGCAGCCACUGCACAAGAGGCUGGUCGAUUGUUUAGCUCAAAUGAAACAGCGUUUGAAAGAGUGGGGAUUCCCUUCCCCGGACACGGGCGCAGCCCGUUACGCCAAUAGUCAAACGACGACGCCUUUGGGCCAUCAUCACCGACGUGCCGACAGCGACGCCGGGAUCGAGUACAGCCCGGCCAAGUUGAACAACAGCAACGCGUUGCUCAAUACGUCGCUACCGACGGCUUCGGACCGCGUGAAAGCGCAGCGAUCUUUGAUGGCCGGCGGCCCGCCCAGCAAUCGUUCAUCGAGUUCCAGCAGCAGUUUGUACGGCCACCUGACCGUCGGCGAAGUGGGCAGCGAGGACGAGGAAGAUCUGUACUGCAAGCCGUCGGAAAUCCUGGAGAAACUACAAGCGGCCAAUACGGCCGGCUCUGUGCCAAUUCAACCCGUUCAUUCAACGAAUUCGACGACACCGAGGUCAGCCGGAGGCAGCGCUGCAACUUUGAGCCGGGCCAAAUCUCCGCGCUGGGCCAAUGAGUACAUUUUCUUCAGUCCAGCUUCUCUGCGCGAUUCCGGUUUCGGUACGGAUCGCGAUUCGUUGGGCUCGAAUAACCCGGUCACGACGCCGACGAUAACUAGGACUCCGUUGAGCAGCAAACUUCCUCCGACCAGCCUCACUCAGCAAUCGCGCCACACGCAUUCUUCGCCGAACGUGCACGACACCGUCGAUGCGACGUUGAGCCGAACUCCGCCCCGUCAGAUCGCCCCGCCGCUGCCUCCCCGAUCGUCGAAGUCGUCGUUCGACGAGUCGUUUGUUGGCGGCGAUUGUGCGUCUCCGCCUCCCAUCCACCCGAAGCGAGUGCCAAAAAAAGGUCAGCCAGCCAUCAUCCCGUCGUCGCUUGUUAUGUCCCCGGAAGCGUUGGAAUGCGGUACGAUGCGGCAUCAUCGGCCACCUCCCGCCCCGCCUCUGCCGCCUAAAUCGGGGUACACCGCGCCUCCGAUGUCACCGACACCGGGAACGUUAGGCCUCCCUCCCGUGACGGGCCCUCCUCCGGUACCGCCUCACGGUCGUCCAGCGAUAAACAACAGCACGUCAUUUUCAAAUCCACUGGAUCUCGGCAGCGGAAGUGGCAGUUUGGUCGACGAAGUUUGUAGUUUAUUGGCUGCUUCCGGCUGCCAGAUGAUGUCCAAUGGCAAUAACAAAAGCCCUAGUCCUCCCGCAUCAACCCCGCCCCCUCUCCCAGUCCUUCCACCUCCUGAUGAAUCACUCUAUUCUGUAGAAACAGCCUAAAACUUGUAAGCAGGCCGGGAUGAGUCGGUACACACCUUAUCGUGGUGUUUAACAAAGGACAGGAUCUGCCGUAUUUCCUAGCCCCCCCCCCCUCCCCGACGUCUAUCCAAAGAAGAAAUCCCCUGCGUUGUUUAGGUCUUUAUGUUUACCUUUAGGUUAUUAGCAUUAUUUUUCAAAAUGACUAUACUCAUAUCAAAAUAUUCCUUGACGUUCCGUAUCGGACUUUGCGUCCUGUUUAGGCUCCAACGUAUGUAGUGCUGUGUCUAAUUAUUAUGCCCCAUCGAGUAUUAUUAAGGAAGAAUGUAAGUUCCUGUCCUUGUGUGUUUGACAUAUCACAAUGUCUGAGUGUAGUCUUCCAUUUCUAUAUAUUCUCGGCAGUUGUUUGAACAUCUAGACGAAAUCAACGACUGAAGAGUUUCCUCAAAUAGCAUUUGCAUAUUUUUCUUGUAUUGUAGCGAGUUGAAUUUCGACAAAUCUGCAUGAACGAUAGACGCCAAAUCGGAUAUUUCGUGCAGGUCAAGGUUGAAAUCCAUUUGUGUCGCGGCUUGAGAUCCAGUCGCGACUCACGUGUCCCAAACAGCUUAUUAUCGGAAAGAUUUUAUGUAGAUGUGCAUUUAGAAAUGUAGGCUAAAAAUAAACGAUGACAACAAACCUUGAACUUCUGCGAGAUUUGGCAACAUC